AUGUCCAACCCAAUCAUCACCAUUGUCGAGAUCGAGUCCAACCCACGCCUUCAGCGUGCUGUCGACCACAUUCGGCAGGCCAACAACCUCCUCGUCAUCAUCCCCAUGUACGGUCCGAGUCUCCCGCAACAGGCCAAGGUGGUCAAAGCGGCUCACGACAUCCUUCGCAACGGCAUGAGCGCCCGUGAGCCUAUCUUCAAGCUUCUCGAACCGACACCGGAGCUGGGACUGAAGGGAGCCACACACCACCUGCUCGAUGCCUACGAGAUCUUUACAGACGCUGGCUACGGCAAGGCAGCGGACCGGAUCAAAGAGCUGGUCAAUGAGCUGUUGGGAGAGAAGCUGGGAGAGCAGACGAUGCUAACAAAGGAACAGCAGAUGGGGGACGUGUCUCUCCGCAAGCAGCGGCGGGCGGCGGAGGGGAACCGUGUGCAGGAGUACGAGAACGAGGGGAAGGAGAGGGUUGCGAUGCUGGCGAGGAAGUGGGCGGAGUUCGACAAGAUGGAUGAGCCAGUCUAUCUUCAGUCACAUGCUGAGGAUGAUGACGACGAGGAGGAGGAGGGUCUUUAG